ACGCGACACGCGGCGAACCGUGGCGCGGGUGGACUGGUGUGUUUCGUUCAAUUACUGAGUAAAAUGCGUUCAAAUGUGGUUAAUAGCAAUGUGCCACUGAAAAGAAAGGUGAUCAUAUUUCAAGAGCACCAAAAAGCACUAAAGAAAGGUGGUUAUUAGUCAAAUCUAACUGACACCAUGGCUGCCACAAUGGCGAAUUUAUUUGCUGGAAAUCCAAUGGCUACUCCUGUUGGACACAAAAUAGAGGAAGCCACCGACCCAUCGUUGGCUUCUGAGGACUGGACUCUCAACAUGGAGAUCUGCGACAUCAUCAACUCUUCGGAGGAAGCGGCCAAAGAUGCUGCACGAGCCAUCAAGAAACGGCUGCACCAUUUCUCUGGGAAAAACUACACGGCAGUCAUGUACACGCUGACGGUGCUGGAGACCUGUGUCAAGAACUGCGGCAGAAACUUCCACCAUCUGAUCUGCCAGAAGGACUACAUCCAGGACCUGAUCAAGCUGAUCGGGCCUCCAGUGGAGUUUGACGCGCCACCGCCCGACGAGAGUGGCCUCCUAUCCUCCGUUAACUCGACUAUCAUGAACUUUGCCGAGACAAUUGAGAGCGCUAUGCUAGGCCCGAAGAAUGAGCCACCGCUGGCCGUUCAGGAGAAGGUGCUCGGCCUCGUGCGCAGCUGGGCGGUGACUUUCCGCGGCCAGCCAGACCUGAAUGGCGUGGCGGCUGUGUAUGACGAGCUGCUGGCCAAGGGAGUGCAGUUCCCAGAGGGAGGCGACUCGGCCGCGGCGCCCAUCAUCACACCGCAGAGGUCGACACCAGCGCACGCCCCGGCCCCGGCGGCCUCCCCGUCUGCGGGACAGACUCACCGGUCACAGCCCGAGUCACAGGGCUCCCAGCCGCUGGAUCUCACUGCCGAACAGGCUGAUAAGCUAAAGAAGGAGAUUCACGUUGUGGACGGCAAUGUGCACGUGCUGAACGAGAUGCUGUCCACCCUGAAGCCGAGCACGGCGUCCGAGGACGACCUGCAGCUACUGAAGCACCUGGCCGAGACAUGUCGGGCCAUGCAGCAGCGUCUGGUGGCUCUGGUGGGACGGGUCACACGGGACGAUAUCACCGCCGAACUGCUCAGACUCAACGACGAGCUCAACAACGCCUUCAUCAGGUACGAGCGUUUCGAGCGGGGCCGCUCGGGUAACUCUGGCUCCCCGGACCGCCGGCCGGCUGCCGCGUCACCCUCGUCCUCCGGCCCGCCGCCCGCCGCAGCUGCCGCCGCAGUUGCUGACGGAGGGGCCCUCAUUGACCUCGGAGAUGACCCCGAGACGGUGUCACGACAGAUGGAGGGACUAGCGGUGGGCGGCGGCGGCAGUACCUUCCAGCAGGUGUCCAGGAUCCCGAACGUCACCGGCGCGGAGGCAGCCGGCGGAGCGGCCGGCGUCACCCCCGCGCAGCCCUCACGUACAGACGGCGCCGCUGCGGACAAUAUCGAACCAAUACUGCGGCUUCAGCAAGAGAAGGAUUUCGACGAAAUGGAGAAAUGGCUGAAAGAAGCGGGUGGUGACGAGGCGCGGGAUGGUAUGCUCACAAACAGCGAGUUUGACCGGUUCCUGGCGGAGCGGGCCGCGGCGGCCGACAGUGGCGCGGGUCCGGGAGCAGCGUCCAGUCAGCAGAGGAACCAGUAGCGGAGCGGGACGCUCGACAACAGAUGUAUAUGCCGGCGGCUGACGGCCUCCCGUCUGCGGGUGAUGACCUGACCUAGUCUCGCCUGGGACAGACCCAAUUCGAGCGGGCCGGUCGCACCGCGGACCCUCCCAACUCGAUCACGGAGUGCACGGCACGCUGUAUUUAUCGUCACAGGGCAGUGGGCACCAUCCUUUCUGGGGAUCUCUGACGGUCGACGAGCCGCUAACGCUGCCGCGGCAGAGUUUUGUAACCGUGCUGUGCCGCCGCCGCCGCCGCCGGGGCGCCGCGUUUGUCUCCGUUCUGCGCCGAUUUCCUCGCUAUCAUGGAGGGAAAACGGGUCUGUGAGCUUCCCGUGGCUCGUUGGCGAGUGUCGCGGGCGUCUGACGCCGAAAUGGUGCGUGGAGAGGCUGAUACUGCCGAGUUUGAGCUGGAGGAGCAGCUAGAUGGAGGUAUUCGAGGCGGAAUGAUGGUCACGAUCGGGCUUUUUCUCGUAACUUCUGCGAAUGUGCGCAGCUUUUAGUAGCGGGAUGAUCAGCUGCAGUGGGAAUGUCAUUAUAUUAUUUAAGCUCGAACUAAACGAAUAUAUUAUAAUGCUGAA